GUUCGAGAUCUUUUGGACAUUUUCAUUUUCGGCAAUACCUGAACGAUCCCUUCCCGCUUCGUUCCAGCACCCUCGUUGUAUCAAACAUGGAGAACGAGAAGGGUCAGGUCGUCGACCUCUACAUUCCUCGCAAAUGCUCUGCAACCGGACGUCUCAUUACCGCCAAGGACCACGCAUCGGUUCAAAUCAACGUGGCUGAUGUAGAUGCUUCUGGACGUCUGGCGGGUACUUUCCAUACCUACGCCCUGUCUGGUUUCGUCCGAUCCAUGGGUGAAUCUGAUGACUCCAUCAACCGAUUGGCGACCACUGACGGGUACCUCAAGGGUGUGUGGAGUUACCAACAGUAGAACUCUCCAUGACCUGUUUAUCUGGAGAAUGCAAAACUGUAUCUUUCACCCUCUACUCUGAUCGACCUAAUAAAACUUUUUAAAAAUCGAUAUAA